AUGGCAACCAUUAACCCAAAGUUCAUUGAUCUUAUCAAACUGAUUGACUGGCCGGAGCCACCAUCACAAGUAGAACACUUAAAUUUUUCUACCGACCCCAGAAAAUGUGGCUACCGAAUCCUGAAUCCUCAGGACACUUACAAGGUUGGUGAGACGCUGGAAGUGGAAAUUACAGCUCGGGAUCAGAACGGUCAUCCGAAGGAAUAUGGCGGAGACUUUUUCCAGGCCAAGCUGCAUUCUCCGAACCUAAAGGCUGGCGUUACUGGUCAAGUAAGGGACUAUGGCAACGGUAGCUAUCUGGCUACGUUCCUUCUGCCAUGGACGGGGUUGGCACAAGUUCAUAUCCGACUCAUUCACUCCAGCGAGGCUGUGGAUGUUCUGAAGAAGAAGAGGGAAAUCUACCCAGAAAAAGUCUAUUUCAACGGCUUUUUUCAAUUCAAUGGGAGUAGUGAAAUGGUGGAAUGUAACCUCAAGCUGACCAGAAAGGACGUAUGCAGAUAUCAGGACCCCGUUAGUGGAGACACUUGGGAGUGUGUAAAACCUAAGCGGCUACCAUGUGACUCCUGGGUCUAUCAUUCCAUGGGCGGAUACCGAACGGUGACAAACAAAAUGGAGGAUUUGCUCCUAAGCAAAUCUUUGACUAACCAGGUUGUCCCUGGAUCCGCUCCUCCAAUCAAUGUGACAUCAGAUAACAGUACGCUGGAUCUGACAGCCAACCUCACACUCUGCAGGCCUGGCCAGGAACCUCCAAAGCCCUCUGGGUUCUAUUAUCACGAUGUGUGGACCUCCCUGAUGUGCUCGUCAAGACAUUUUCCCAACCCGUCUAAUGCAUUAGCCUGCCUUAAAGGGAAAGACAUCUACAUGUUCGGAGACUCUACGCUACGCCAAUGGUUUGAAUACCUAGAGAAAUUUAUCCCAAGUCUCAAGAAGAUAGAUCUACAUGUCAACUAUAAGUCAGGACCUCUAUUAGCAGUGGAACCUACUGUAGGUCUUGUUGUACGAUGGAGAGGCCAUGGGUUGCCCUUGAGGACUAGCAAGACAAUGAUCUCUGACCUACACUACGAGGCGGCCCAUUUGGCUGGAAUUGGCGGAGGACCUCAAACUGUUGUGUUGAUAACUCUGUGGGCCCAUUUCACCACCUUCCCUGUGAGCUACUAUUUGGAAAGGUUGGAGAGAGUCCGUCAAGCUAUUGCAUCUCUGCUUUUCCGCAGCCCCGAGACCAAAGUAAUUAUCAAAUCGGCAAACACGGGAUAUAAGUCAAUAUAUGGCAGUGACUGGUUAUCUCUUCAACUCGACAUCUUACUGAGGGAGGCCUUCAAAGGAAUGGCAGUCACUAUCAUAGAUGUCUGGGACAUGACGUCCUGCCACUACCUUCCUGAUAACAUUCACCCGGGUCCACCCGUCAUUAAAAAUGAGGUGGACCUUGUGUUGUCUUAUAUAUGUCCAAAAUGAUG